AUAAAUUUUGGAUCGCUGCUCUCUGGUGAGCUAUAGGGGGAUUUCAGAUGCGUUUUAAGGUGUUUUAUAAAGGUUUCAGGCGGUUUUAAAAGGGAUUCUUGAUGUUCUAGAUUGAAUACACCUGUGGAUCCGAUAAUCUAUACCAGGCCCGUGCACAGAAAAGGUGACAAGGGAGAAGUUUUUCCACAUUUUCGAAAAGGGCGGAGGGGCGCCUAGUGUAUGAAGCAUCAGCAAUGGGAGGGGUUUAACCCUCAAACCCCCUUCCUUAUGCACGGGCUUGAUCUAUACUAAGAGAGCUCUUGAAGAUUGCACUUAGUGUCAAGAGGCUAGCAGCGUGUAAGCAUGAGUUUUGUUCUAGUUAUGCACGUAGGUAAAUGCGACGACCUAUGCUCAAGAAAGUUCUUAGGGGAACUUAAAUAGCCCUAACCCCUUCCCCUUAAUUCUCACCCCUGAGCACGCCCUAAUUUUCUUUUAACACCACUCGCUACUUCUUUCCCGUAAACCAACCUGAUCUCUAAUCUUAAGCCCUCCAAUUAUCCUGAUCCGGCGCGCAAUCGGUCACACGUUUGCUUCAUAAGCAGAUGAUCAUGGGUUCGAUCCCAGCCCCGGCACUUACGUCAGUUGCUCUUUAAUUUAAUAACUGUGGAAGUGUUCAUAGAACACUAAGCUGAGAAGCAGGUUUUGUCUCAGUGGGGACGUAACGGCAAGAAGAAGACCCAAUGACCAUUCGGCCUAAUGGCCUUCGGCCUGAUGACCUUCGGCCGAAUGGCCUGACACCAUCACGGACUACCUUGGAAAAAUGUCAACGAUAUUCACGGUGAAUAUCAUUUGGCAUUUUUCAAAGGUAGUCCGUGACAUUUACAUUAAAUAUUUGAAAAAUAGCGUUUUUGCCGUGACUUUCUUGCAGAACUGGUCUAGCCGCACAAGUUUUUCAUAUACCAUAUUCUCAAAUUCAGCUUCCAAAAUGAGCUGUAGGUGAUUGAAUUUAGAUAUGACGAAAUGAAUUUUUCAGCACUGGCCAUAACUCGUUUAAUCAAAAAAUUUCCUUUGAAGAAGACUCGACACAGAGUGGAAACGUCGGGACAAAUUUAAAACAGUCUUUUUGAUUCCCCAAGGCUGCUGCGCCGGAGAAGUAGCUAGAUAAUUCGUUUCUUUACAUUGAACCGUAAGCCACUUUGUGUACAAAAAAGUGGGUUUGUUUGUCAUUCUAUCUAACCUAAUUUGCAAUAAUUGUGCUGUGUCCUCUGUGUGGUGGCCCUGGGCCUGAUCGGAUAUGGAGGGGGAUGGGGGGUUUGUUGCUACAAAAGCGAUGAGCAAAUCAUUUUUUUUUUAUUCGAACAGUAUUUAUUUGCGCAAUGAGCAACAAAAACAAUGUUACCCACGCUAAUCCGACCCUGGGGUACAUGAUAAAUUGCUGUUCGCUGAUAUCUGAUUAUCCGGGUUCGUUAGAACUACGGGUUCAGAAAAGGGUCAGGUGUCAGCCGCUCUCGGAGAAGAAACUGACGAAAAACUGCAAGUGCUGGGACUGGGAAUCGAAUCCAUGAACUUCCACUCAAGAAGCGAGCGUGUGACCACAGAGACACAGACGUCACACUCCGCCCGCUUCUAAUUGGCCACCUUUUCAACGGUUGAUUUAAAAUUUCGGUAGGUGGUCGAUUGACCACUGGCGGUGCUGGCAUCGUUUUUGCUUCUGUUUGACGGUUGCUCACUACCGCCACCGAUGGAUCGGCCAAGCACAGUACGUUUAUCAUGGGGCGGUUACGUUUUCGUGAAAAUGUUUUAAUGGAAUUUGUUCUGAUACGUCUGUUUCUCUACUGUGUGACCACAGUGCCAGGGGCCCCGACUGGUCUCCAAGUUUUUGUAGGAUUUGUCGCAGGACAAACAUUUGGAUUCGUCAGAUCGAUCCUCAUGAAAACCAGGUCGGUAUUCGUCAAUGAAGAACUCCUGGAUUGGCCUCAAUCUGUUGAAUAGUAUACGUGAUGUAAUUUUGUACGCGAAGCCAGGAAUGUUAAACCUCGGCAAUUGGUACACUCCCUUCUCUGUUAUGAGACCCUCCAGCCAGUCAAGAGGUAGUUCUACUUCUUCGCAUAUCUCCAUCAGAGAACGGUGAAGUAUUGCCUGCUGCUCUGCUCACUACCGUGUUUGAAAAGCUUAGCUGGGGUUCAUCUAGCGUCCUCUUUCAGAGGGAGUUUCCUGGAGUUCAAUGGGGCUUCUAGGACAUCUUUAGAAGGUUUUUGAGCGUAAAAGCGUUUCAGGACUUCAAUAUUGCGGGGGUUUCAACAGAUGUCAGAGGUAAGGGAAGUUUACGGGGCCUCAGGAAAGUUUUUAGAGGGUUUUCUUGAUGUUUUAUGGAGGUUUCAAGAUGUUUCAUGGGAUUUCAUGGAAGUUCAGUAGGGCUUAAGGGAAGUCUACGCGGGUCUCGACUGGGUUUUCUACAGGAUUUCAAUACCUUUCAAGGCAUUCCUGGGGAUUUCAGGGGGUUUCAUUAAAGUUUUGGGUCAAGGUACUCAAACGAGUUUUCUCAAGGGAUUUAAAGCAUUUUGGGAGGUUUCAGUGGCCUUGAAAAGAGUUUCAGUUGGGGUAAAGGGGUUUCCCGAGGGUUUAGAAGGCAUUGUGGAAAGUUUUAUAUGGGAUUCACAGAGGCUUCAAGGCAUUGGUUCAGGUUGUUUCAAAGGGCUACUGGAGAGUUCAAGAAAAGUUAGCGGGGGUCUGUAAGGGGGUUCAGAGCAUUUCUAGGGGUUUCAGCGGGUUUCUUAGAAGUUUCGGGGGAAAUUGAAAGAAAAAAACAGCAACCUCGUAGUUCCCGUUCCAGUUGGAGAAAACUUUUCGUCAAACGGAAACAUCUCCAGAGGGCCACUGUCUUUUUCACGAACACGCUGCCACCUAUUGGUAGAACCGCGCUGGGCGCUGCACAGUGGGAAACCCGGGAUUUUGAUGUUUGUGUCAUUCGAAUCCAUACACUCCGAGCAGAGAUUUUGAAUUUACUCGCGUUUUAUACCUAUUUUUCCCCAUUGUGCACUGUUGGUCAUGACGGAUUACGUUAUGACGUUUGACUAGCACAAAUCGCCUGUGAUUUUCAUUUGCAUCAUUCAUCAACGUGUCGCUAGUAAACUUGAAAGCGUUAAAUGCAUGUGCCAACCCCUUUUUGAAAAGUGUUACGCCUGCUUGUCUGUGCUGGAACUAUAUUUCAUCUUCAUGAUUCUAGGAAAUCCCAGAUACCCAGGUUUAAUGAUGUAAACAUGUUUUUUAAACUAUUUUGAAACAUCUAAUAUUAAUGAUUUUAUUCAACCUUUGAAGAGCUUGUGCAAUCUCAAUUUUUAACCAAAUAAGCUCAAAUGCUGGGUGAAGGCAUAGAAUAGAAUAAGCGGUGUGGAGCAAAAACGAUUGUUUGAACCACGCUAAUAAGUUAAUCUAUCAGAAAACUGGCAAUUGAACACGGACCCCCUUAUUUAUAGUCAUUCACUUUAGCACCUCUUGUGUAUAAUAAUUUUAUACAUUUCCAAAUUUUCAAGAACAUAAGUCGAAUUAAGCCUGCAUUGAGGCUGAAGAAUAUAAUGGAAAUAUAAUUUAAUCGCAUCAAAAAACAAAACCGAAUUUGAAAAUAGGAAAUGUGUAGUGUAAGCUAGGAAAUAACCAUAUAAACUCAAACAAUCAAGAACGAAAUUAAAUGUUUGAAACAAUACAAAUAAAAUUAAAAUGUUACAAAUACAAAUGAAAAUGUUUGAAAUACAAAUAAUACGAUUAGACGGAUCGUAGUAGACAGGGAGUUGUCAGGAAAAUGAAAAUCAGUUAGAUCAGUUGAUAUAUUUUAGGGAGAAUAAACGUGCUUUGUUUUGAAGAAAGUCUUUAGUGAACUUUUAAUGAAAGCGAAAAAACUGUAUUAUGUUCGAGUGAAAAAAAAAACACGCAAUUUGAAAAGAACUGUCACUACAGUAGCACAGAUGAAUAAUAUUCUAUUCAACUUGAUAUUCAGUCAUCUAUGUAUCGCUGAUUGAAGAGGUUUAAAUAAGCCAUACUUCAGAACAAUACUCAGCGAUCAUUGUGUUCACCCACUGACAUCAUUAUCCAGCCAAUGUUCAGCUUAUAUUCUCACUGUUCAGCAUUCAUUGUUACUUGUGUAGUUCCGGAGUUAAUCAUAGACGUAAAAGAUUUAAUUCCAUUUCCAUGCUAUUGAGGUUUUGUUGUUCUUUAAUACUGGGCAAAUUUCCUCUGUCUAAUAUGUUAAAAGUCUUACAAAAAUAUUCAAUAACGACGCAAGAACAAUAUGAAUCUUCAUAAGAAUAUUCAUAAGAAUUCCUAAAGUUUAUCAUAGGGGAGUAACUUACCCAAUCCUUGAAAUUUUAAUGGAAUUACGAACAUUUGACAACACCUUCUUUUCAGAUAAAUUAAUCUCAAAACCCACAAUUUUGAGAUGAUUUUUAAAAGUUCAGGAGAUAAACAGAACGCAAUAGUCUAUGUAAAUAUUCAAACUUGGAUUCAGAAAAGAUUUGUAGUUCAUUUUUUCUUCUGUUGAAAAACUGUUCAUGAACUACAUGGUAGUUUAGAAGUUGAUAGGUAUGCGUUUUUAUCCUAAAAAAAAUAAACAUUUCUGAUUAAACAAUAGUUUUAAUUUAUUUCAAAAUCGUUCGCGGGCCGCAAAUCCUUCUUGAGGGCUGCUUCUGGCCCGGAUAGAUCGUCGAAUGUAUCGUUCAUUUCUUAAAUUUCAUGGUAAUUGAGAAAUUUAACACUCUACCUCGUAUCCCUGGGUUGCACUCUGAAUUCUGACCUGAACCUAGCCCCAUCCCUCCAUUAUACCUACGUCCAAGGCUACGUCAAUAUUGGUCGUGAAUCAUCGAUUAGUUUGACACAUUUCGAUCCUCAGUACAUUUUAAUGAAAAUACCUAUUUCAGCUGCAUAUUACAAAUUAGACCUCAAUUUUUUGUACAAUUCAAUUGUACACUGAGCCCAAUUACCUUUCCACCAUCUAGAGCAAAACAUAUUGUUCGAAAGUAUUCCAACGAAAUAAUAUAAUGAUUACGCACGGCAGACUACCUUCCAGUUGGUGUUUACCACUAGAUCAGCAAAAUCAUGUUCAAACGACCAGCAGUGCUUGGUGCCAUAGUGUGCUUUGUUGCUUUGCAAGUGGUCUCGGUGCUAGCUGUCGAUACAACCACUGUAGUAACACCUGUCACGAGCUCAACGACUUCCAGUGCUGUAACCGUCGCUUCUGCUACUUUGCCACCAAAGAAUGGAUCAUGCUCGAAACCUCCGACUGCCGCAAACCUUGCCAAUUGUUGCUCAUUGCAGAUACCGUUUCCAGAGGAUAUUCUCAGUUCAUGUCAGAAGGCUCAAACCAGUUGGUUGAAGGACAAGAAGAACUCCACUUGUGGUUCGACGUGUCUUCUCAACUAUGCAUUGAACUUUCCCGAGGCGAUUAAAACCGGGUUGAAGCAAGGACCUGCCCUUUCGCUUAUUCUAAUGAACAACCUAGGAUUGUACUUCGACGCGCUUACGAAGUGUAUACCGGAUGAGCCACUGGAAAAAUUCACGUCGAAACUGGUAGGAGAGGGAACUGCCUUCGUCGAAGCCUUUUGUGAGUUAGAGUUGGUCGAUGUUGCCGAUUGUUUCAGCAAGGAGUUUUUCAUGAAAUGUCCCAGCUCGAUUGCUCCAAAUGCAGCGUGUCAGGCUGCGAAGGACUUCUUAGCAACACCUUGCCGUUAUGCCGAUUUAUUUGUGUAAUACGUUUAGCUCCAUCAAUAAAGAGUUUUUGCUGAAUAAUGAGUAAUUCUCGCUGAGACCGGCCCACUAUUUACAGCUUGUCUUUAAAAAUGCUUAAGGUGGCGAUUUUCUGAAAGCCCUUGCCGAAAAAUAAGGAAAAUGCAUUUGGUUACUCAAAUAGAUGGACUCCUCGUUAGUUAUCCCAAGUAACAAUUUCAUUGCUGAUUGGUUUUGUUUGUUUUUUAUUGGGAUUUUACUACAGCAAUAAUUAAAACUCAGAGUUUUAUGACUACUUUUAUGGAAACCAUUGAUGAAAUGUUUUAUAGUAUACUUGAAGAUUUCCAUAAAGCCAGAUUUAAAGAGUAAACAAAACUCUCCGAUAUGUAAACCUUCUGGCAUUCAUUAUUACAAAUAUACUAUAUUAAUAAUAUAACUCACUUCCAGCUAUUUCUGGCGACCCUUUAUUCUGUGCUUGUGGCGCCACUUGUGACGAACGUGGCAACUAUUACACUCUAAAAUCGUAUGCCCUUCAGAAUUGUACACGGUGUCAACAUUAAUGAACUAGGGAUGUCAAUAAUCUCUUCAGUUAUCGAUCAAUAAUAUCAAAAUGUUUAGGGUUCAAAUAAACAAACCAUAAUCUUUGCGUAAUAGUUGUUGUACGCAACAUAGUUUUAGUCAAAAUGAACCUACUAGUAUCCCCAUUAGAUAUAACAAUUUGACCAAAAUGUUUCACUUCUCAUAACUUCCAAAACAAAUAUGCUUCUGAAAAAAGAUGAUAAUUGCGAAACGUCAAAUUGUGUCAUCACUGAUGAACGACAGCUAAGAAAUAUAAACUUAAUAUUUGCUUUGUCUUCAGUAUCACAAACACAGACUGACCCUAAAAGACCAUUUUCUGAUUGACGUUAUCUCCACUUUUCCAGUAAAUAUUAUAUCUUAUUAAAAUUUUUUCGCUCGAGUUUUAGGUUAUUACUCAAUGAGAUAUACGGAUCUAAUAUCAUGCAGAAACUUUCAGAUGAUUUUGUUUGUGCAAAUUGAAUAUUGUACAUCCCUAAAUAUGAUUGACCCAUAACAAAAGGAAAUGUCAUGGUGACACACUUAAACAUAUUUAGCAAAUAUAUGGUUUAAUUUAAGAUUGAUUGCCACGUUUGCCGCUAGAUGGUGCUGUAAGCUGUUCGCCAAUUCAAUUUAUGGGGAACGCGAAAGUGAAUCAUAUUGUUUAUAUAAUAUAUUUGAUCAUUACCUCAAUAAAACUGUUCAAACUCUCAACAGAUAACGAUCCGUUCGAUUAGUAACGACAUCUGUUGGCGGAAAAGCAGAAACUACGACACAGCUAGGUUUAUUGCGGUCAUCAUAAAAGUAAACUUGCUUUCGUUUUAUUUGUGCUAAUUAUGGUCGUCGCCAUAUUUAAGAAUUAGCUGACGUGAAUGCAAAAUAGUUAAUUUUGCUCAAAUAAGCAAUAAAUUGAAAGUUUGCAGCCAUCUCCAUAACAUG